GCUGGCGACGUAUUACGCAUCGUUUCUCACGUGAUGUUUUUGGCCUUCCAAAAUGGCGGCGCCCACUGCUGGCCCUUCCGCUCUUCAACCCGAGGGCCGGUAUUGCCUGGUGAGCUGCAUUCCUGCCCGGCUUCGCUCCCCCGAUCUCCGCGCCUACUUCAGCCAAUUCAUCGAGGCCGGCGGCUUCCUCUGCUUCCAUUUCCGUCACCGUCCCGAAGGCGGAGAGCGGCCCGAGGUCCCUCCGCGGCCAGGGCCGACUUGUUGCUGCUUGGUCGUGGUGCGGUCCGGCUGGUCGCGGCGUUUGCUUCGUAUGUACUCGGGCAAGCGCUGGAUUGACAGGCAGGGAGAAACUGUCCCCGGCCGGUGCCUCAUAAGAAGGGUUCGCGUUUCCCCGGACAGAGAUGCGGGCACAUUUCCCUAUAAAACCAAAAAGGAGCACUGCAGGACAUCAAAAGAAACAUUCACUCAGGAUGAUUUAAGACUCCUGCCUGAACUGAAUCCUCCUGCUUUCAUGCCUCAUGGCAAUGUAGGGACACCCAUGAGAGUCUUCUUGGAUCUCAUCAAAGCCUGCCGUAUGCCUUCUAGGGUUAUCAGAAAGUUGCAAUUACAGUUCCCAAAGACUGGGUCUUCCCGCAGGUAUGGAAAUGUGCCAUAUACGUAUGAGGAAACGGAGACUGUUGUAGAAGAAGAGCGAGUCUACACAUCUACAGGAGAGGAAAUAACAGAAGGGGAACAGCUUCUGGAAGGAGAAAUGGCCAAUCAAGGCUGUGCCCCAGAAGAGGGAGAUUGGGAAGAACCAGAGAAGACAUCACAAGAAGAGUCUCCAUUGGAUAGCGAUGCUGAUGAUGACAGAUGCGAGGAAUGGGAGCGACAUGAGGCUUUGCAUGAGGACGUCACCAGCCAGGAGCGCACAAAGGAACGUUUGUACGAGGAGGAGAUUGAACUUAAAUGGGAGAAAGGAGGCUCCGGUUUAGUCUUCUAUACAGAUGCACAGUAUUGGCAGCAAGAAGAAGAAGGAGAUUUUGAUGAGCAGACGGCAGAUGACUGGGAUGUGGACAUGAGCAUCUACUAUGACAAAGACGGUGGUGAUAAGGAUGCUCGGGAUUUGGUCAAAAUGCGGUUUGAGAAGAGACUUCGAGAUGGAUUGGAGGAUGGAUCGGUUCUGGGCCAGCCGGUUGGGAACUUUGAAAAAUAUACUAAGGGUAUUGGCAGGAAAGUGAUGGAGAAACAGGGAUGGACGGAGGGCCUUGGUCUUGGAAGCAGCAAUUCAGGGAUCGCUGAAGCCCUGGGCAAUGAGGGCCAGCACCCCAAAUGCAAGAGAGGAUUGGGGUACCAUGGCGAAAAGCUGCAGACAUUCAUCAAGCCCAAGAAACCACGUCAGGGUGGCUGCGGGCUGAUCUCCACCAUCUACGAUGAGCCCCAUCCUGAGGACAGAGAAGAGGAACUACUUCGGCGCCAGCUACCAAUCAGCUUGAAAUAUCGCCAAGAUACAGCAUUCCUCCAUACCGUGCAUGGAGUUUCUCAGAGCUUCAAUUCUUGA